CAGCGGUGGAAUCCCUUUGUUGAAAAGAAAAAGAAAAAAACACCAGUGUCGCCAGCCCCUGGCCUGGUGUCCUCUCAUACGAACCACUGUAUUGAAAGAUGUCGUCUUCGUCAAUGAGCGAGGCUGAGGCCCGCUGGCUUGAGCAGGUUGCCGCCAUGAAAACCGCCCUGGCAGGAUUACAGCUCCCCGGAAACCCCCAAUCUAUCGAAGACGAACUAGGCCUACUAGACGUUGAUUUCAACGACGAUGACUACACGUCUGGGAACAGUGGCGAUGACUUGUGGGAUUUCAUAGACGACGACGACGACCUGUACAGCAGCGACUCGGUGGAGGAGGAGCACGAACUGCCCGGCAGCACGGCACGUGGCCUACCUUGGCUCCUCGAGCAAUGUGUCAAUAUAUCCGCCAAGAAGGAUGGCCUGUCUCCGGACGCCUUCCGGGCUCAGGUCCGAGAUGUGCUGAGCUCUCACCGAUCAGAGGACGAGCUGCAGUCUAGUCUCACAGAUCUUAUCGGGUACGAUGAUCUCGACUUCGUCAUCGAAAUACUGUCCCGUAGGGAUGAGAUCGUAUCCGCCUUUGCCAGUCAAGAGGAACCCAAGCCAAAAAAUCGACUCCUAACCAAGGCGGAGAGGGAGGAAGCCCUGAGAAGAAUGGAUUUCGAGCAUAAAAAUGCUACCCUCACCCCUAGCAUUCAUAGGGAGGUUCAAUACCCUCAUGUGUACAGGGCGCAUAAUGCCGGCAAUACCUUAAGCCACGCAGGGAAGCGCUAUGCCUUGCCUGCUGGUAGCGAGAGAAAGCAGUAUGAAAAAUACGAGGAGUACUCCAUCCCCGCUGGGAAGACCGGUACGCUUCUCCCUGGCCAGGUGCUCGUCAAGAUCGCCGACAUGGAUGCACUCUGCUUUAAGACGUUUAAGCACUAUAAGACCCUGAAUAGGAUGCAAAGUCUGGUCUACCCAGUAGCUUACAAGACCAGCGAGAACAUGCUGAUCUGCGCUCCUACCGGUGCCGGUAAGACAGAUGCCGCUGUAUUGACAAUCCUGCAGACGAUUGGCCGGUAUGUGACGCCGAAUCCGAUCGAGAACCCGCACGCAACAGACUUUGACGUCAACACUGAGGACUUCAAAAUUGUCUACGUUGCCCCGAUGAAGGCCCUCGCCGCGGAGAUCACAGGGAAGCUAGGCAAGCGUCUUGCGUGGCUUGGUAUCCAGUGCCGCGAGUAUACGGGCGAUAUGCACCUUACCAAAUCCGAGAUUAUGCACACACAAAUCAUCGUAACUACACCUGAGAAAUGGGACGUCGCCACCAGAAAGGGUACCGGAGACACCGAGCUGGUGCAGAAGGUCAGGCUCCUCAUCAUUGACGAGGUUCACAUGCUUCAUGACGAACGAGGUGCCGUUCUAGAGUCCUUGGUCGCGCGGACGGAACGCCAGGUUGAGAGUACGCAAUCUCUAAUCCGGAUCGUCGGACUGAGCGCCACCCUUCCGAACUACAUCGACGUCGCCGACUUUCUGAAGGUCAACAGACAUGCCGGACUCUUCUAUUUCGAUAGCUCUUUCCGGCCAGUUCCCCUUGAGCAACAUUUUAUCGGGGUUAAGGGCAAAGCCGGUUCAAGGCAGUCUAGGGAGAACCUCGACAUAGUCUCUUUCGAGAAGGUCAGGGACAUGCUUGAGCAAGAUCACCAAGUUAUGGUGUUUGUUCAUGCUAGAAAGGACACGCUGCUCACCGCCAAGACCCUUUACCAAAAAGCCACCGAGCACACCGUAACGGAUCUCUUCGACCCGAUAGGACACCCUUACUACGACCAAGCCCUUCGUGACAUGAAUUCCUCCAAGGCCCGGGAGCUUAGAGACCUCGUUCCAAAGGGUUUAGGCAUACACCAUGCUGGCCUAGCUCGGUCUGACAGAAACCUCAUGGAAAGGCUGUUCGCCGAGGGCGUAAUCAAGGUCCUCUGCUGUACAGCGACGCUUGCAUGGGGCGUCAACUUACCAGCAGCUGCCGUUGUCAUCAAGGGGACUCAGGUCUAUAGCGCCCAAGACGGAAAGUAUGUGGACCUUGGUAUUCUCGAUGUGCUCCAAAUUUUCGGUCGCGCCGGACGGCCUCAGUUCCAAGAGGUGGGCAUCGGUAUGAUCUGCACAACCGCAGAUCGGCUGCAGCAUUACCUGACGGCGGUGACCGAGCAGCAGCCUAUCGAGUCCAAAUUCUCUUCCAAGUUAGUCGACAACUUAAAUGCCGAGAUUGCCCUAGGUACCGUGACAUCUAUACCGGAAGCAGUGCAGUGGAUCGGCUAUUCAUAUCUAUUCGUUCGCAUGCAGAGAAGUCCCAUGACUUAUGGUAUCGAAUGGUCCGAGAUCAGAGACGACCCGACUCUUGUCCAGAGGCGUCGGAAGCUCGCUAUCCAGGCAGCUCGAACCCUGCAGAAAAGCCAGAUGGUUAUUUUCAACGAAGAGACCGAGCAACUAAGGAGCAAAGACAUUGGCCGCAUUGCUAGCCAAUAUUACAUCCAACAAACAAGCAUAGAGAUCUUCAAUAGCAUGAUGAAACUUUACGCAACAGAAGCAGACAUUUUUCAAAUGAUCAGCCUGAGCGGAGAAUUCGACAACAUCCAAUCUAGAGAUAAUGAAGCCCGAGAACUCAGCGAGUUCAGGGAGGAUAGAGGAAUCACCCCUUGUGAUAUCAGCGGCGGUAUCGACACGCCCCAUACGAAGAUCAACAUUUUGUUACAAGCUUACAUAUCUCGAGUGCAGCCGAAGGAUUUCGCAUUGUCUAAUGAUCUGAACUACGUAGCUCAACAGGCCGGGAGGAUCUGCCGUGCCCUGUUCAUGAUUGCGUUAAACCGGCGAUGGGGCUACCAGUGCUUGGUCCUGCUCACACUCGCAAAGUCCAUCGACAAGCAGAUUUGGCCUACCGAGCACCCGUUGCACCAAUUCGACUUUCCCAAAACCGUCCUUAACCAACUUGAUAGGGAGCAUGCCCCGACCAUCGAGGAUCUUCGUGACAUGGAUGCUGCAGAGAUUGGCGAUGUGGUUCACAACGAAGGCGCUGGCAAAAGGAUAGCCAGGACCAUUGAGAAUUUCCCAACUGUGUCCGUUGAUGCUGAGAUCGCCCCUUUAAAUCGGGAUGUCCUGAGGAUCAAGCUCUAUAUCACUCCAGACUUCAAGUGGAACGAUCGUGUACAUGGGACGUCCGAAUCUUUCUACAUCUGGGUUGAGAACUCGGAUUCCUCUGAAAUAUACCACCAUGAAUUCUUCAUACUUAAUAGGAGGAAGCUUUACGACGACCACGAACUUAAUUUCACGAUCCCCCUAUCUGACCCCCUGCCCAACCAAAUCUACGUUAGGGCGGUGUCAGACAAGUGGCUCGGAGCGGAGACGGUCACUCCAGUGUCUUUCCAGCAUCUCAUCCGGCCGGAUACCGAAAGCGUGUAUACGGAUCUGCUGAAUUUGCAACCACUCCCUAUCAGCGCCCUCAAAAACCCAGGGUUGGAAGAACUCUACAGCAAGAGGUUCCAGUACUUCAAUCCGAUGCAAACACAGAUAUUUCACACACUUUAUCAUACGCCUGCCAACGUGUUACUAGGAUCACCGACUGGCAGCGGUAAAACUGUAGCUGCGGAGCUAGCUAUGUGGUGGGCGUUUCGAGACCGACCGGGCUCCAAGGUGGUCUACAUCGCUCCGAUGAAAGCCCUCGUUCGCGAGCGAGUGAAGGACUGGGGCGCUCGACUUGCUGGCCCCUUGGGUCUUAAAUUAGUCGAAUUGACGGGCGACAACACGCCGGACACGAGAACUAUCGAGGACGCCGACAUUAUUAUUACAACGCCCGAGAAGUGGGACGGUAUCUCCCGUAGCUGGCAAACGAGAGGAUAUGUCCGCCAGGUUUCACUGGUAAUUAUUGACGAAAUCCACCUACUUGCUGGAGAUCGAGGCCCCAUUCUCGAGAUCAUUGUGUCCCGUAUGAAUUAUAUCGCACAGUCUACCAACAGCUCCGUCAGGCUUCUUGGGAUGUCUACUGCCUGUGCUAAUGCGAAGGAUCUCGCUAACUGGCUCGGGGUUAAGGAAGGGUUGUUCAAUUUUAGACACUCGGUACGGCCGGUUCCGCUAGAGCUGUUCAUCGACGGGUUUCCGGAGGUGAGAGGGUUCUGCCCCCUGAUGCAGUCGAUGAACCGGCCAACCUUCCUGGCAAUCAAGAACCAUAGCCCUACCAAACCCGUUAUCGUCUUUGUGCCCUCACGACGACAGACCAGACUGACAGCCAAAGACCUCAUCAAUUUCUGCGGCAUGGAAGACAACCCUCGGCGGUUUGUCAACAUGUCGGAAGAGGAUCUCCAGCUUAACCUCGCUAGAGUCAAGGACGACGCCCUCAAGGAGGCAGUGAACUUUGGAAUUGGACUUCAUCACGCAGGCCUGGUUGAAUCGGAUCGACAAUUAGCUGAGGAACUUUUCCUGAAUAACAAGAUCCAGAUCUUGGUUGCGACAAGUACAUUGGCCUGGGGUGUCAACCUUCCCGCCCACCUAGUAGUCGUUAAAGGCACGCAAUUCUACGAUGCUAAGAUCGAGGGCUACAAAGACAUGGACUUGACCGACGUCUUGCAGAUGCUGGGUCGAGCUGGCCGUCCGCAAUUUGACAACUCCGGCGUCGCGCGUAUCUUUACUCAAGACUCAAAGAAGGACUUUUACAAGCACUUCUUACAUACUGGGUUUCCGGUAGAGUCGUCUCUGCAUACCGUCCUCGACAAUCACUUGUGCGCAGAAGUGUCAGCCGAGACCGUCACUACCAAGCAGGACGCGCUGGAUUAUUUGACGUGGACUUUCUUCUUUCGUCGGCUGCAUAAGAACCCCUCGUACUAUGGUCUUGAAAUAUCUGCCGAGGACCACAAUAGUAUCGCCGCCCAGCAGCUCGCAAACGACUUCACGAUCGACAUGGUCAACAAAUCCAUAGACGAACUGGCUGCGUCGAAGUGUGUCGAGGUAUAUCCUAACGGUGAUGUGGAUCCGACCCCCCUAGGCAAGAUUAUGAGCUACUACUAUCUAUCACACAAGACGAUCCGCCAUCUUGUCAAACAUGCGAAACCGAAGGCGAGCUUUGUCGACGUACUGUCCUGGAUGUCCCGCGCCACGGAGUACGACGAGCUCCCCGUCCGGCAUAACGAGGACCUUAUUAAUGCCGAGCUAUCGAAUAAUCUCCCAUUCGAAGGCAACACAUUCGGCUUGCCGAUGUGGGAUCCCCACGUCAAGGCCUUUCUGCUCCUCCAAGCGCAUAUGGCACGCAUCGACCUCCCCAUUGCCGAUUACGUCGGUGACCAGACGAGUGUUCUAGACCAAGCCAUCCGUAUCAUCCAGGCAUCCAUCGACGUCCUAACCGAGCUAGGCUACCUGUCUAGUUGUCUGGAGAUGAUCAAGCUGCUCCAGUGCGUCAAGUCGGCUCGCUGGCCGCAAGAUCCGCCUCUGUCCAUCCUUCCCGGCACUGACAUCGAUGACCUGACCGACGAGACGAGUCUCGAGACGCUCAGCGGCUUCAGCAGCGAGCAGGUGGCUGGGCUUGCAGACAGGCUCGAGAUCCCCAAACGACAACAGAAUCAGUUCAUCCGCGCCGCGUCUAUGCUGCCCAACGUCGAAGUCAAGGUCGAGGACGUGACCGCGCAGUCUCUCACCGUGUCUCUCCAGCGCCUCAACGCCCUCGCGGACCGCGGGGGGCGCGUCUACGCGCCGAGGUACCCCAAGCCGCAGACGGAGGGCUGGUUCGUGGUGGUGUGCGACGUGGCGAGGGACGAGGUGAUUGGCGUGAAACGCGCGGGCUGGGGCGGCGGCGGCGGCCAGAGUCGCAAAUCGGGACCGAGGUCCGGCGCCAAGGGGGCGGCAAAGCCGGCGACCAAAACCACGGUCAAGCUGCCGGGGCCGGACCGCCACGGCGGCGGCGGCCCCAGGAAAGUCGACGUCGUGGUCGCGAGCGACGCGUACGUCGGCCUGGAGUACCGCCUGCUAGGCGUGGAGAUCCCUCGGCCCCCCACGGUGGACGACGACCUGGACAAGUCCCGGAAAGGUAAAGGUAGAGAGGGCGAGGGAGGCGGAGGCGAGGGGUCGAAAUAAGGUUGAGUAGAUAGCUUCGGGGCCCCCCGAGGGCGUUGGGGAUAUGCGUACGUUUAAACGCAAUGCCGGGAGAACAUACACCUAGAUUGGGGAGGGUGAGGGUGACGUGAUGAUAUAGCAGCCGGGUUUAAGUAAGGCUGACGCAUAUAUGAGCUACGCGCGGAGUUAGACAUGUCUAUCUUGCACAUCUUG